GCACUAGUCAAUCGAUUGGCUGUGCCAAAUAACGCCUCCUGCUAUCGAUAUCAACCAAGAAAAAAUAAAAUUUAUUAAAUAGAUUUGUACAUAGGAAAUCGGGUGAGGCGAAGCGAAUAACAUCUGGUCUAGCCAAAAAUGCCAACCAAGUUGGUGGGCUAAAAUAGUAAAUCGGAAAUCACAGACUAGGAGCAGCAGAAGGAGUAGGAGCUGACCACCAGUGGAGGAGCGACCGUGCGAGCGAGCGAACGAACGGAGCGGAGCAGAGCAGUAAAAGCAGUGUAGCAUUGAUUUCAUCUUUAAGCGGAGAUGAACGAGAAAAUCGUGCCGGAGCAGCGCGGCGGCGAAGAUUCCCCAUCCUCCGUCACGGCAAAAAGUGCAACGGCAGCGGCGUCAGCGUCGUCAGCGUCGAUGACGUUGGCCUCGGCGGCCUUGGAAUCGCACAAGACGACCACGACCGCCAGCAGCAACCCUCGCACCAGUGGAGCAUGUGCAUCCUCCUCGUCAUCCUCUCAAUCUGCAUCUGCACCUGCAUCGGCGUCCAGCUACCAGGAAAAGCAGCCGAUGCUGAAUGCCACCGAUAUGCGCGAACUGCGCGAAAUCAAGCAGUUGCUGUGGGGCGACAAUGUGCGCGAAGAUGUAUUCAAGCGUUGGUCUCAAGGAUUCGAGUAUAGUAAAGUGGAACCGUCUGCAUUGGUGCAGAAGCAGGGCGGUCCUUGUGCUGUGAUAGCGCCGGUGCAGGCGUACUUGCUUAAGAUUAUUAUCAUGGACUUGCCAGGCAUCAAGCUCUCGGAGAUUUCCCCCGACAAAUCGCAGAGCCUGCUGAUCCAGGCAUUGUGUGACAUCCUGAAGAACUGUCGGGCGCCGCGUUACCGCAUCGUCCAUCUCUUGCGCCGACGAGGAAACGCUACAGAGGCUGGAUCACCCAAAAAAAGCUCACCGGCCGGCGAGGAAGGAUCUGCUCCAGCUGGCCAAGCGACAGGAUCUUCCGAAGAGGUGGAGGAGGCGGCUGAAGCCACUCCCGCCUCGGUGAGCAAGUUGUCCCAGACCCUGCAGCUCGAUCAGGACUUGCACGAGGAAGUGUCGCCGGAUGAGUUCCACGAGCGCCUGCACACGCUCCACUUUAAGGAUAUCGAAUCCGUGGCCCGUUACUAUAUGGAGAACUACGGCCAGCUGGCGCACACAUACGGCGUGCUGCUGUUCAUGUACUCGGUGUUCCUCACCAAGGGCUCGGAGCUGGUUGCGGCCGAUAUAUCGGACACGUCGGAGCCCCUGAUACACAGCACAUACGGCUAUGGCGGUCAGUCGCUGAUUAACCUGAUGCUAACUGGGCGAGCCGUUGCCCAUGUCUGGGAUAAUGAGCAAGACGUUGGCGGACUGAAGCUGCGUGGCAUCUGUGAGCAGAGCGACAUCGGCUUUAUAACACUGAUGGAGGAAAUGCGUUACUGCACGGUGGGCUCCUUCUUCAAGAACCCACGCUAUCCCGUAUGGGUGAUGGGCUCCGAUACGCAUUUAACCGUUCUGUUCAGCAACGAAAAGAGGCUUGUCUCGCCAGAGACGCCCUCGGAAACUGGUCGACGUAUCUUCAAAUCGUACGACCCGGAGGGCAACAAUUUCAUAUCGACCACAAUGCUGCGCGAAGUCCUCGUCGCCUUGAAUCUGGUCAGCGAGCCGGCCUAUGUCGCCCUCAUGCAGAAGCGUCUUGAUCCGGAGAACUUGGGCAUUAUACUGCUAAAUGCGUUCAUGGACGAGUUCUUCCCGCUGGAGAGCCGCUCCACGCCUGAUACGUUCGAGCUGAUGCACUACAACGGCAUACCGGGCUCCAAUGAGAACAACAAGGUGCGCUACUAUUGCGGCACGGCCAUUUUGCUGGAAGGCGAUCUGAAGUCGGUCUGCACCUCGAACCCGAUGGUCACCUGCCUGCAGACCAAGUGGCCAAACAUCGAGAUAAACUGGCACGACGGCCAUAUGCCCUCCUUGAAUUGACGCCGUCAAGGAGUCCAGAGAAAAUCGCUGCAGAAGGUGGGCCAGAGUCGCAUGGUACACCAUGGACAUACUGUGAUGGAGAAAACACUGUUGUAGACAGAAGAAGACGCGAUUGCACGUUUCUAUUUCACACUAAGUUGUAUUUAUUUGAAAAUAUUUAAAAAAAAACCGCUAACAACGUACCAACCGAAAUAUUAACAAAAAUUAAAAAAAAAAGGGAAUAACAAAAAGCAGAGCGGCUUAACUCUAACAGAUUCGUUUCGAAGAAGAAACUGCAGCCAUUUUGAUGCAUCCGCAGGGGAUUAGAAGGUUUACGCCAAGCGUUGACCCACUCAAAAACACCCCGAGAAAAUUCCAUUAAAAUGGAAAAAAAUGAGUCGUGCGGGAAUGGAAUGAACAUACACAUCUUAAAAGGAAAAAAUAAAUAACUCAAAUCUAAAUUCGAAAAUUGUACGUUUAAAUUUGCAUUGCAAAAAUGAAAAAUACAGGCAACACAAUAUACCUUAAUGAAUAAACCAAAAAUCGAAAAGAACAAAUCGUAAUUGAAACAUCAGACAGACAAAGCAAAAGCGAGAGUAUGAACGAAAUUUGUUUUUGGCCUUUUAACAAAAAUUCUUGUAGUGAUAAACCAUUUAAUACAAUUAAAUAAACACAGAUGCAUUGAAAACAGGGCGCAGAAAAGGGCGUAUUCGAAUCCAGCAUCAGAGCGAAAGAGACAGGGAACAGGGAUAGAAAGAGAAAGUGAGGGAGGAGAGAGGGAGAGAGAGCAAGGCAAAGAUUACUUCAAGUCAAACAAGAACUAAGUAUAAAUUAACAAAAAUAACAAUUCUAUUUAAAAUAAACAAGAAAAAUCCAAAA